UACAGCAACUGUAACUGAAGGAAUAAAGAAGAAAUCAUCUAUAAUAUACAGUUCUUAUAAGAAUAAAUCAUCUAUAAUACACAGACUCAUAUUCUUAAACAAUUCAUCCAGAGCUUUCCUUUAACUACGCAUGUUACUUUCUGGCUUCUAGACAAACUUCCCUUUUUUUGUUACCGACCCAGUGAAAUCAGAUCAUAUCACAUGAACGCUAAUGCAGAUGUUCAACCCACUAUUGACUCUAUAAAACCACACACCCCUAUACUGUUUCCAGAGCCAUUACAGACUACAGAAGAGCAACAUGGAACAGAUUAUACAGCAGUGGAGUAUGGAUGAGAAAAAUAAUGAAUGUCUGGAGUCUGACAACAAAAAGGAGAACAACUUCUUGCACUUCCAUAUGGCUAUGGUUAGAGACAUGUCUCUAGAUGAAAAAGGAGAAGAUCCACAGAAACUAAAAGAGUCUGAAUAUAGUACAGGUGGCACAGAAGGCAGUACAGAGGGCAAUACAGAAGGCGAAUGUUCUGUGGAUGAAGUGUUGUCUAGGAGCGAGAACUAUGGCAUGACUUGGUGCACCUACACCAAACAGUGUGAGAUUACAUCAGUUUCUAUUAUCAAACAAGAGGAAAGACGUCAGGUUGUGAUCCAGAGUUUAGGACAAACAAUCAUCCAUCCUGAAAUCUUCCCAUCAAGAAGAAGAAAGGCGUGCAUGGAUGUCUCCAAAUCUGAUGAGAUGACAAUACACUACUACAAGUCAGACAUAAAAGAUCGUAAAGGUCGGCCUGUCGUAUUAAACUUUAGCGAUACAAAUCGUUUUCUGAAAUGCAUAUACAAGAAUGACAAAGCAGUUCUCACUGUUGAGUGCUGGGAUCAAGACGGACUGAAGUUUAUCUGUAAGAAUGACAAAAACGCAUGGCCUUUUGUCUUCUUCCUCUCUACUAUGAAGGACAACUUGUGUCGCUUUGAGUCAGCCGCAUGCAGUGGUUGGUUCAUUCACACAGGAUCUGACUUGGUGUAUGCAUGUACUAGACUAGACGAAAAUGUCCAAGAAAAUACCUUCAGAAUUAUCGCUUUAUAACAACUUCUGUAAUCCGAAUAGGCCCUGCCAUUUAGAGUUCAUAUGAAGAGAUGUGAAAUUCAAUUGAAUUGCAAUGAAAAUUCAGUUAUAAGAUAUUGAUCAUUAUAUAGCAGAUGUAAAUCAUAAGCAGAGAGAAACUGGUAGUAGGUUGCUCUUUGACAGUGAUUUGUCCAAUAACAUUCACUGAAAAUGUUAACCAUGCUGAAAACAAAUUUCCCCACAGUAUUCUUUUAAAGUCCUUAUACCUCAGUUUAUUAAUUCUCAAUAUAUUUUUUGUUCUUACAUGAGUGUUCUUACAUGAGUGUAUCCUUCACUUUUGCUUCAUGUUGGAAUUUUCAGAAUGUUUUUUUCUGAAUUGAAAGUCAAUCAUUUUUGGUGCUGAAAGAGAUAUUUGUUUUGAUACUAUUAAAAUAUUAUUUCGUGAAUAUUUCAAUAUUUAUUCAAUUUACUAUAAUCGCUGUAAUACUAUAAUUGCAUGGGGUCUCCAGUAACAUUUUGGCCGUCAAUGUUAUCUGCAGCGUUCAGAUCAUGAAAACAAAAUCUGUUUGAGCAAGUCAUAGUUGGUACUUGAUUGAGUUCAGUAGUUCAGUAUAUCUGGAAAUGGGCUCUCAAGUUUAAUAGGGAUGAUUAAAAUGCUGUAAAAUUAUAGGAACAUAUGCUAUAAGGAUUUUUAUUAAAUUAAAUUUUAUAUAAAUUUGAUAGGAAUAUACUAGUAUACUAGGAAUAUACAGGGAUUAUCCAGGUAAUUGAGAUGUGAGGCUUUUUGUUUUUUUGUUUUUUUUCGGCUUAGAGCCCAAAAAGACUAAGCAACUAAAUGAACUGGUUCCAUCUGCAGUUUUCUAUUUCUUUAAAUGUUCAUCAUAUGAAUGUGUGAUGUCACUAUAAUUGUAAUUAUGUUCUGUGUAACAAGCUAUAUUACACAGCUUAACUUUUGUUGAAAAGCUACAGUUUUCCAUUGUAUUAUUAAAAGUAUCUUGUAAUUA